AUGGCCAUUCAUGGCUUCAAUGUUGAUAACCGUGCGCUGCGCUUGGGCCCGAUGAUGACGGUGUCGAUCUUGGUCGCUCGCUGGCAGGCUUUUUCGAUUCCUCACUUAAUCCACGAUCCGCCGCACCUUUUGUCUUCGUUCCGCCCAUGUUUUUCUGUCCUCCGCCAGCGGGAUCCCCCACACGCACGCAUUGAGCAGAGCAGCCCUAUCGAUCGCAAUCCCGCCCGCCCGCUGUCUUGCGCACUCGGCCAGGAACAGACGAGCAAACCAACGAACCGAACGAUUGUGCCCGUCGGACCCUGCGUCUGUCUGCCCGUCUGCCAGUCCGCCAGUUGAGCCCGCUGCGCGCACAGCCCGAUUCUUCACCUUACGUGCCUGUUACUGCUACAUACGCGUCCGCCAACCUCUAUUCACCCCUACGGGUAAUAUAUACAUACAUACACGUGUGUGGCUGUGUGUUCUCGAGUCCUGUGUCUGCCCGAGUAGCAAGAAAAAGGUGCGUCUUCUCCCUGUCUUGCCCGCGAGCGCUGCACCAACUGUGUGCGCGCGCGCACACUGCUGCUCCACCGAGGAACGACCUGCUUGCUCGUCUUACCAUUACGAUUACUAUUGAAUAUUCUGGAAACUGACCGACUAUGCUUUACAGCCAUUUGUCCUAGGGGUUUUUUUUUCGCCUGCCCCCCUUCCCUCGGCGCGCGCCG